GCGUUUUCGAACGCGACCGCGUUGACAGGUCUGCUCUUUUUGCUGCUCGUCACAUGGACGAGUCAGCGUACGUUCUCCUCGCUUGCUCGCGGCUCGCAGUGUUCGUCUCCUUAUAUAGUGAAUCGGGACACCGGAGAGGAGAGAAGGUAGUCACGCUGUUAUCAUGAGCAAGACGAUCAGCCAGGAGGCCUACGACGAGGUCGUCCGGGAGUUCAUGCAGGACUUCCUCAUGACCGCCGAAGAGGCUAUCGACGACGCCGUCAGGCACUUCGAGACUCAGGGGAUAGACCUGAGCAACAUCGUGAGAGACUUGGCCCUCUCCGACAAGUACGAACCGAUAAUAACGUGCUUGGAGCGAUUGACGUUCGCCGUGAGAGACAAGAGCUACGAGCUCGUGCCCGAGACGCUGCAGGAGUUGUGCGGUGAGUUGGACAAGGACAUCGGGCACCGGGUGUUCGCGGGCAAGCAGAGGUGCUACAACAUCCUGAUCGAUCUUUUGAAAGACUGCCGCAAGAACCACGCGAUAGUCAAGUCCACGCUGAAGACCAUCACGUCGUUGAUGACCGGCAAUCCGGACUUACUGGACGACGUCGGCGUUGCCCUGCAGAUCGAGAUCUUGGAGAAGAAUCACGACACCGCGACGGUGCAGUGUCUGUUACGUUGGAUACGAGAGUGCUGCAUAAAGCACGAACUGAACAGGCAAAAGAUCUUCAACGCCAACAUCUUCGAGAAGCUGAAGAAGAUAUUAGUGCGCCAAGAUGCGAGCGUGGCCGAGAUCAAGGACGCGUGUUCGGUCAUCAGAGCCUUGGUCCUGGACGACGACAUCAGGCACGAGUAUGGGAAGGCUCACGAGCACGCGACGGUCAUCGCGAAGGGCGCCCUCGAUGUCCUCACAGGAUUGCUGUCACGAUUUAAGAAGGACAAGACUGUGGUGGGCGAUCUGAUGAUCACGCUGGCCGCACUGAUCGUCCGAAACGAGUUCUGCCAAGAAGUCGAGGACGCUGGCGGGUUGAAAUUCGUUCAGGACAUAAUGAUCGACUACCCGGAAUCCGAGAAAUUGAAUUGGCAAGCUUUGAAGUUGCUGAAAGCACUCGCUGGCAACGACAACGUGAAAUCUCACAUCGUGACGUCCGGAUGCGCGCCUCUGAUCAUAUCUGCUGUUAGCCGAAUGAAGACGUCGGAGUUCGUCGUGAACGCAGGACUGAGUUGCGUGUCCGCGUUGUCCUUGCGGAGCACUUCCAACGCCGGCGUAUUCUACGACUGCGGUGCGCCCCAGGUGAUCGUGGAUGCCAUGAAGGCCUACUCUAAGAACGCGAACGUCCUGCGACAGGCCUGCUGGGCGAUCAGGAACAUGUCGGUGCGAAACAAGUCUGAGUCCAUGGAAUUCGUGGUGUACGGCAUCGAGGACGUGUUGCAGAACGCGAUGCGUCUGCAUGGCCCCAAGUUGGAGAAUGACGCGAAGGCCGCGCUGAGGGAUCUCGGCCUCAAGGUGGAGCUGAAGGAGAGAUGGACGGGGAAAGGAGUGAAUCUGAGUAACGAGCGGCAAUGAUCGUCGACAGCGAGCGACGAUGCAUGAUAUAUCGCAGCUAUUUGCGUGCCGCGCUUGCAUCGUCGCGAUACGACGUGUUACUUAAUGAGCAUCUUUAUGAGUAUACUUGAGAUACGUUUUAUCUUCAAGUAUCGGGGAUAUUUUCGAGCUCGCCGUGGUGAAGCGAGAGAGAGAGAGAGAGGGAGGGAAAGAGAGAAAGCAUGAGCUACGAGCCGGACUUUGUCAAAAACCGCAAAGCCUCGCAAUUCUAUUUAACAGGACCUAAACAUAUAAUAAUAAAAGCCUUAGCUUUACGAGAGGAGCACGUUCGAUGGCGACAAACGACACGGAACCAUUGAACUUGGCAGCUCAAGGUGUUUUUCUAAGAUCAAGAUCCCCGCGAUAUGUCUAACAACUUCUCUCGUCUUUCUUUGUGUAACGAGGCUUUGACGUGAGCCUUAGCUUUACGAGAAGAGCACGUUCGAUGGCGACGAACGACACGGAGCCAUUGAACUUGGCAGCUUAAGGUGUUUCUCCAAGAUCAAGGUUCCCCGCAAUGCCUAACAACUUCUCUCGUCUUUCGUGACGGACGUCGCACAUUGUACAGGAUACACGAGGAUCUCAUACAACGCUUCAAACUUGAAGUGUCGCGAUACUUCUGUAGCCAACGUGAAACACUGCCAGUAGCUUUCAACGCGUAUUACGUAUGUUUACUCAACAAAUGUAUUGGACUAAACCAUCGAACAAGAUGAACCGAACCCACUUAUAUUUACAUGACGACCACGCGCCGUGAUGUAAACAAAGCUGGGCAAUGGUUAAUGAAACUCGGUGAUCGAGAUUAUCGGAUUAAUGUGAUAAACAUUGCUGAGAAAAAAGACACGAGCUGACGCUCGACCAAAGUGUCGCAAUAUUUGUACAUCGGUCGUCUCUUUGUAAAAUGUUUUUAUAUACACACAGUGUAAGAAAUUUCUUUUGUACAUUAUCGCUGACAAAUUGGUGGUACGACGAAUAAAAGCUAACUUUCAACUACAAACACGUACACACAUCACCACUCGCACACCGGGAGACCUUUCGUCUCCCCCUCCCUGCCUUCCUGCCCGCUCGUCGCCUGCCAAAGAGUGUCUAAUUUUGUAUGACACAGAUACGCCGAAAUUCGCAGCGCAUCGAGCGUUAUAUAAUCAAAGAGCGACUUGCUUUGUGUUUCGCGCGUUUCUCCGCGCCGAUCGACUCGACUGACUUAGUCGGGAUAGCGCGAUUCUGAAGUGAAACAUAGCUACGACCGCUUCCCGCGGCGCUGCUCAAAGAGUCGACAGGACGAAUCGUUGGUAUUUCAUUGCCGGUUAAGUCGCCGCCUGGAAGUUUGUUUGAGCAAGAACAGGUGCUUGUUGAGAAUAUCGCUUUAUUAACAUCUAACUACGUUUAAGAGCGC